AUGUCCUGUCCAGUCCUUUCUGUCACAGUCCAGUUAGCAAAGAUUGCUGACGGAAGAAAUCAGCUGUUUCGAUUGAGCGCUAAGCAAUUUCUAGUGGGGAAAUGGUCAGCUGUCUUCUCAAAUCACCUGUGCUUUCUCUCAAGUCGCAUUCAGCUGCUUUUUUCAGUAUCUCACUGUCGUGUUCUAUUGCGUAAAUGCCAAGCGCUCGCCAACUCGGCCCAUGUUCUAGAGGCAAGAUCGAAGGUCUCCACCGGACGGGCUUGUCUCAUCCGUGAAAUUGCCAGAUUGUUAGGAAAGUCUCGUGGGGCAGUACAGAAGUGCGUGAAACGAUGGGAAGAAGGCAGUAGUGAUUACAUCGAGCGAUCUGGAAGGAAAAGAUCAACGUCGGCUAGGGAGGAUCGUUUACUCGAACGACUUGCACUUACUGACAGAAAGGUGACGACGAGACGGUUGCAAGGUAGACUUUCAGCGGCAUGUGGGAAGUCAUUGUCCCGAAGAACCAUCACUCGCCGUCUCAGGCAAAAAGGAAUUUGUGCUCGCCGUCCACGCAAGAAGCCGCAAUUGAAUCGUGAACAUCAGCGAUGUCGACGUGCGUGGGCGGUCACCCAUCGUGGCUGGACGUUGGAGGACUGGAAACGUGUUGUCUUUUCCGAUGAGGUGAAAAUCAGCAUCGGAAGUGAUGGCUGCCUGUACGUGUGGCGGAGAAAAGGGGAGGAAUUUAGCGCAGAAUGUUGUCAGCCAGUAGUGCAGCAUCCAACGAGCAUUAUGCUAUGGGGUUGCAUCAGCUUUCAAGGUCUAGGCUCUCUUCAUCGCAUACGAGGCCAUCUGAAUUCAGAAGACUACCAACAGAUCCUGGGUGAUGUCAUGCUGCCAGAUGCUCGAACUUCCAGCAAGACAACGCGACAAUUCACACCUCGCGCUCAACCAGGCAAUGGCUGCGGGACGAGGUUACUGUCUUGGACUGGCCUGCUAAGUCGCCAGAUGCAAACCCCAUUGAAAAUCUAUGGCAUGUUCUGCAGGUUCGGGCAAAUGAAAAACAUCCUGAAACCGAACAAGAGUUGUGGGAAGCAGUGCAGAUGGCUUGGCGCGAAAUACCCCAGGGAUUAA